AUGUUUAACGAGAUAGAUGGUGACUUUGACGAUGUGGCCAUCAGCACUUUUAAAAUUGACCUCCUAGCUAAGCAUGGUUUAAGGAAAUCCCUGACUAGCAAACCUGUCACCAGUAUGUGCCAACUCAUGGAUCGGAUUGAUAAGUAUAAAAGGGUUGAGGAAGACCAGCAGCAGGGAAAAGGAAACGCUAAGGUUAUCCCUCAGGAGAUGAGGGAUUUCAGGUCGGACCAAUACAAUAAUAAUCGGUCGCGGAGAGAUUUUGCUGGGCAGUCAGGGUCUGCUAAUACUCAGGCGGUCAAUGCUAUGUUCCGAGAACUGGUGCAUCAGGUUCUUGAAAAGAUUAAGAAUGAGCCAUUCUUCAGAUGGCCAAAUAAGAUGGCAGGAAACCCCAUGAGGCGCAAUCAGAGCCUUUAUUACCACUACCACCAGGACUAG